AUGCCACACCCUGGGAACGUGAGACCAUUGAAUCGCCGGCUGUCAGAAUCAUACGCAACUCCAAUACCUCCACUCACCGAAAGAAUGAAAUCCUACACGCUUGCAUUCGUCGCCCUCGCGACCGUCCUGCUGUAUAUUGAGUAUACCAAUGCAAUGGAACUAUGUCCCCAAGAGAACUGUCUUACGCCUAACAAAUGUGAGCAAUUGGUAUUAAGCUCUGCUGUUUCAUGCAACGAACAGGGCACAUCAUGCUGCAGCGUAGUUAAAGAGGAAUACAGAACCCACUGUCGUCACCAUGGUGGAAGCUGCAUGAACUCGUGUGCAAAAGCCCUCGUGAGACCCAACGUUGUUGAUUGUACAGACGGUCAAGUCUGUUGCGUUUUGGUUUAGACAGAACUACAUAAUUGACUGAAACAUCAGUCUAAGAACUACCAGAACUAAACAACAGAAUAUAAUCUCAUAUAACUAUUAAGUCCUAAUCUUGAAUCAUAACACAACGAAAUGAACACUUUGCCGGUAGCAUUUUUAAUUUUCAAAUACAAGAAAUACAUCUAAUCCUUGAUGAAAAAACCCAUGUUAACCAAUAAAAGCAGGUAUUGUCUCCAAACAUAUAUUGCAACACACAAGAACAUUUUAUUUAAUUUGUAAUUAUAAUCAGAUUUAAUUUAAGAGACUUGAGAAAUUUAAUUAAAAUUAAAUAUGCCACACACACACUCACACAUAAAAUAUAAAUCACAUAUUUUAAAGGUUUUAUGGAACUUCCAUGACUACUGGCAAAAUAGUAAUAGAAUUCUAUAUAAUGAGCUUUUUGAAACUGCGAUAUAUCGACUUCAAAAUAAAUAUAUUAUACGUUGC